GAUACCCGGGCAGACGCAUCAAUGACUCGGGCUCCUCACGCACCGUCACCGCUCGGCCUCUUUCAGCGGACCGCCGGCUGCUCGUGAUCCGAGCUGAGGAUGCGGGAGCAGGCGUGGACCUCCCGGUUCCUCCGCUGCCUCCUGCUCAUCACCACGUCCUGCUCUUCAGCCGUGUCCGCGGACCUGCGGCCGUGCGAGGAGACAGACUACUACUACCAGUACACAGAGUGUGACAGCACCGGGUCACGAUGGAGAGUCACCAUCCCUCACAGUCCUGGUUCCUGCUCAGACCUUCCACCUCCGACCAGAGGAACCGACUGCUCCUUCUCCUGCCCGGCUGGAAAGUUCUUGGAGAUGUCCACGCAGCGGUGCACGUCCUGUGCAGCCGGCUCCUACUCUCUGGGCAGCGGCCUCCGCUUCGACCAAUGGGACGCCAUCCCUGCCGGCUUCACCAGCCUGGCCAGCUUCCUGGACCCGGGGCCGAACGGCGAGGACAUUCUGGCGUGCAACAGCUCAUCGUGGACGCCGCAGGGUGUUUACCUGGAAUCGAACCGUGACGAGUGCACGGUGUCUCUGGUUUACGCGGUUCAUCUGGAGAAACAGGGCUCUGUCUCCUUCACCUACCAGUUCCCCGACAACAACAUCUUCUUUGAGUUCUAUGUGCAGAAUGAACAGUGUCAGGAAAUGGCCCAGACUGACGACCAGAAGUGGAUUAAAGCCACCAGCAAUGGAGAGUGGGACACACACACGGUGAGUCUAAAGUCUGGCACAAACAUCUUAUACUGGAGAACCACCGGCAUCCUGGUGGGAGGGAAGAUGGUCAAACCAGUGCUGCUCAAGAACAUUCAGAUAGAAGGUGUAGCCUACACGUCCGAGUGUUUUCCGUGUCGACCCGGCUGGUUCAGCGAAUCCCCCGGCUCCUCGUCCUGUCAGCCGUGUCCCAGCAACACCUACUCCGUGAAGGGGGCGUCGUCCUGUGCAGCCUGCCCCGAACACUACUACUCACACGAGGGAUGGGCAGAAUGUAAAGUGAGGCAGCCGUGCUCAGAGGAGGAUUAUUUCCAGAUCCACACGGCCUGCGACAGCGACGGGAAGACGCAGGUGUUGUAUCGCUGGGUGGAGCCAAAGAUUUGCGUGGAGAACGUCACGGGAGCGGUGGAGCUUCCUGCGACCGGAGAUAGAGAAGCCUGCCCCCCCUGCAACCCCGGCUACUACAACAGCAACGACUCCACCUGCCUGCCCUGCCCACGGGGGAGCCACUCCGACGGCACCAACGCGUGUGCUAAAUGUUCUGCAGGUACAGAGCCUGUGUUGGGUUACAAGUAUAAAUGGUGGAACGUGCUGCCUUCCAACAUGAAGACUUCCUGUUUCAACGUGGGCAACUCCAAAUGUGACGACAUGAAUGGCUGGGAGGUGGCAGGAGACCACGUCCGCAGCGGAGCAGGAAGUUCAGACAACGACUAUCUGAUCCUCAGUCUGCACGUGCCCGGUUUUAAAGUCCCUGCUUCUCUCUCAGGGAUGACCGGUGGAGAGUUUGGCCGAAUAACCUUCGUGUUCGAGACCCUGUGCUCUGCCGACUGUGAGCUCUACUUCAUGAUGGAUGUGAACAGGAAGAGCACGAACGUUGUGGAGUCGUGGGAAGGCAGCAAAGGGAAACAGUCGUACUCGCACAGUAUGACCAGGAACGCCUCGGUCUCGUACACGUGGGCCUUCCAGAGAACCAACCGCGCUCUGGAUGAGCGUCGGUACGUCAGUGACAUGGUGAAGCUCUACUCCAUCAGCGUGACCAACGUGCUGGACGGCGUGGCGUCGGCGUGCCGCGCCUGCGCCCUGAUCCCGGAGAACUCCCAGCGGUCCGGCGCCCUCUGUGUCCCCUGUCCCGCCGGCUUCUAUAUCGACAGGAACACCAACCGAUGCCAGGAGUGUCCGCCCAACACGCACCUGGCCGGUCGGCACACCUACGGGCAGGACGCCUGUGUCCCGUGUGGACCGGGCAGCGUCAGCAACAAGGAGCACUCUCGUUGCUACAGCGACUGCUCCUUCACGUACACGGAGAACAACCGAACUCUGACCUUUGACCUCAGCCCUCUGAGCGCCGAGGCCUCGCUGACCAUCGGCCCAAGCUUCACCUCCAAAGGCACGAAAUACCUUCACCUGUUCAACAUCAGCCUCUGUGGCCACGAGGGGAGGAGAGCUGCUGUGUGCACGGACAACGUCACGGGCGUGUCCAGCAAAGACGAGCAGGGAGACGCGGCCCAGUUCGUGAACUCGGUGGACAGCUUCAUCUGCCAGUCCACCAUCAUACCGGCGGACGGCCGCGGCUUCAGGAUGGCCAUCUCCUCCCAGUCCAUCAGCCUGGCAGACACCUUCGUUGGAGCAACAGCCGACACCGUCCUGAACGGCAUGAACGCCAAACCAGAUCUUUUCCCAGAAAACUCCCAGGGCCUUCCAGACAUCAACUUCUUCUACAGGUCCACUCAGGCAACAGCCUCCUGUGAUCAGGGCCGAAGUUCAGUCAUCACAGUUCGCUGUAACCCAGAGAAAUCUGAUCGAGGAGAAGUCUCUGUUCCCAGCUCCUGUCCUGCAGGAACAUGUGAUGGAUGCACGUUUCACUUCCUGUGGGAGAGCUCCAGCGCCUGUCCACGCUGCGCCGGGGACGACUACCACAAGAUAGAGGGAGCGUGCAAGGGUGGCGUCCAGGAAACCCUGUACGUGUGGAACGAGCCCAAGUUGUGCACCAGAGGCGUCUCGCUGCCUCCUCGAAGCUCCUCCCCCUGUGAGGCCAUCGCCCUGUGGCUGAAGGUCGGCGUUGGGGGCGGGGCCUUCGUGGCCGUGCUGCUCAUCUCGCUCACCUGUUAUUUCUGGAAGAAAAACAAGAGGCUGGAGUACAAGUACUCCCGCCUGGUGAUGUCUGCCAACAAGGAUGGCGAGCUCCCGGCCGCCGACAGCUGUGCCCUGGCGGAGGGGGAGGAGCCUGACGAUGACGUGGUCUACACCAAGAAACCAACGCUGCUGGGGAAACUCCGAGCCAUCGCCAGCAAGUACGAGGCCGGCGAGAGCAGUGAGUCCGUGCAGCUGAACUCCUCCCACUCCGACCGAUGGGUUCUGGGAUAAAACCGGGAAACAGACGCAGAGUUAAAUAACGGAGGAGCAGUCGGUCGUCGGCAGCGUCACCGUCCCACCGCCGUACGUGACCCUUCGUUGUGGGAGGAGCUAGAACACAGAUCCCAGCUUUCACUGGAGAACCAUCGUUUCCUGGUUCCCUGGCGAGGAAAACGUCUUUUUACCCCACGACACAGGAAACAGGGUCCUGCUUCUUCAACGCCCCGGAAGCUCGACGGCAGCAAGAGAAAAACAAACACGCUUUUAAUGUUUUUUGUAUAUUUUGUAUCUUCAUCUGUUUCUUUUCUGUUCAGAUUCAUGUAUUUAUAUCAGUGUUAUAACGAUGAACCUUUAUUAAAGUCCCAUUUGGCUUUGGAA